CACGCAUAUCAAAAGCAUGUAGCCUGCAUGCCAACUUUUGCUUUUCUUUCUUCCUCUUCACUCUGGUCAUCUUCACUUCUGAAGGUGAUUCGAUUAACUUGGGAGCAUCGCAUACUUCACCAUGGCAUCCUUGAAGACUCUUUAUGACCCAAACACAGAUUUAGGGAACGCGUUGCACACAAAUUUCGAUGUUGACUAUGUGAUUGACUACCGCUUUGCAACUACUCCCAAACCCCAAGCCGAGGCUCAAUUCGUGAAGCUUAUCCAGGCCCUCAACGACGUUGGGCUAACUACCGAAGUUCGAAAUGGAGACAAUUGUGCGGUGUUAGUAUUCGUCAAGGUGGCUUCGGACAGGCACUUGGAAGCAGAGGUUUACAGGUCGAGGGUACAAGACUGGUUAUAUGGAGUCCGGACGGCUGCCCCAGAGAAGGAGAUGCAGAAGGCCCUCACCGACGAGCCAGUCACCGAAGCAGAACGACUGAGACUCGCAUAUCUCUUGAUCACGAAGCCAAAGAACGAAGGCGGCGCUGGGAUCACACCGAGAACGGGGGAGUGGAAAGGGGUCGAGUCGAUAUUUGCUCUACAUGACCAUACUUUUAACAAGAGAUGGAUCAAGGAGUUAACGUCAAAGUACCUUCUCAAUUCCAAAGAUUUGGUUGAGAUUAGGGACAGAUUUGGGGAGAAGAUUGCAUUUUACUUUGCUUUCUUGCAGUCCUAUUUCUUGUUCCUCAUCUUCCCGGCAGGAUUUGGGUUCUGUGCUUGGAUUCUUCUGGGACAAUUCUCCGCCCUAUACGCUAUUAUCAAUGCACUCUGGGGGAUAAUCUUCAUUGAAUAUUGGAAGAAGCAAGAGACUGAUCUGGCAGUUCAAUGGGGAGUUCGAGGUGUAUCGAAAAUUCAACACAAGCGACCAGAGUUCCAGCACGAGAACGUGGUGAACGAUCCAAUCACUGGAGAAGAGAUCAAAGUCUACUCUCCCGUAAAGAGACUGGCCAGACAGUUAUUGCAAGUUCCAUUUGCGAUCGCAGCGGCAACUGUUCUUGGCAGUUUAAUUGCAGGCUGCUUCGCCAUAGAAAUCUUCAUCUCAGAAGUUUAUGACGGUCCUUUCAAAGGAUAUCUGACUUUCCUCCCAACCGUCAUUCUCACUACUGUGAUGCCAACGCUAUCUGCACUUCUCACGGGAUUCGCACGCAAAUUAACAGAUCUGGAGAACUACGAAACUCAAGAUUCAUAUGAAGCUGCGAUGGUCCAGAAAAUCUUUGUGCUCAACUUCAUCACCUCUUACCUUCCGAUAUUCCUCACGGCAUUCGUCUACGUGCCGUUCGCACAAGUUAUCGUGCCUCAUUUAGAUGUCUUUCAAUUAGCUGUGAAGCCAUUCGCGGAGAACGAGAAACAGAUGACGGCGCCCAAGAUUGGAUUCCAAAUCAAUCCAGACAGAUUGAAGAAGCAGAUCAUCUACUUCACAGUCACCGCACAGAUAGUCAAUUUCGCUCUCGAAGUCAUUAUGCCAUAUGUUAAGCGAAGUGUGUUCCGCAAGGUGAAAGAGGUUCAAGCCGACAGAGCUGCAAAGAAAGGAGGGAGCCCAGCUAGCCCUACAGCCGAUGACCACCCCGAGGAAUCCGCCUUCCUUGUCCGAGUCAGGAAUGAAGCCGAGCUCGGUGCCUAUGACGUUACCUCGGACUUCCGGGAGAUGAUUGUUCAGUUUGGCUAUCUUUCCCUGUUCUCCGUCGUCUGGCCGCUAACGGGAGUUUCCUUUUUCAUCAAUAACUGGAUUGAACUUCGUGGUGACGCCCUCAAAAUAGCCCUGGAGACCCAGAGACCUGUUCCUUGGAGAGCAGAUUCAAUCGGCCCGUGGCUAGAUUCCCUAGCUUUUCUGUCGUGGCUCGGCAGCUUGACUUCCUCUGCACUCGUCUACCUUUUCAGUGGAGAUGGGCUGGGGCCUGACGGGGCGCCAUGGAACAUCAAAGCAUGGGGUCUGCUUCUGACUAUGUUCUUUUCAGAACAUAUCUAUCUUGGCGUGAAAAUAGCUGUGAGAACGAUAUUGAGCAAGAUUGAUAGCCCAGGCUUGCAGAAGGAGAGAGCGGAGAGGUUUAUCGUCAGGAAGCAAUAUAUUCAAGAAAGCAUUGGCGAGGAAGCCGCUGGGAAGGCGGCGGCGGGUGGAAUUGCAGCCGGAGAAAAGAUCAGCAGAAACACACUGGAAGAAGAGGCUAGACCUCUCAAAGUACAUGGCACUGCUGAGCAGAAAUUCUGGCAGCGUCAACCAAGCCAAGCCGAGACGAUUGCGGUUGGAAAGCAGUAUAUCGCCAAGGCCGCCCCCAACGAGACGAAAGAGACGAAGAAGGAGCUGUAAAUUUGAUAAACAAAAGGGAGGCAUACGACAUUCGACACACUUACUAGGCUGCGGUAUUGGCGUGACAGGAAAUUCCGGUGAAGCAUAUCGAAAAUACAGUUCUCAACCAAUCUACCGUCCCAUUUGGGAUGAAUGAAUUUCACUCCAUCAACCAC